AUGGGAUUUUUGGAAGAUAGAGAUUUGAGUAGCGUGCCUAGUAUACCGGAGUUUUAUAGAGGAAAAACUAUAUUUAUUAGUGGAGCCUCGGGGUUCAUGGGUAAGGUUCUGGUGGAGAAGCUGCUGUACUCCUGCCCAGACUUGGAUAGGAUCUAUAUUCUUCUAAGAAGCAAGAAGGGAGUGAAACCAGAAGACAGAUUGGCGCAAAUCUUCGCUGCACCUUUGUUUGACAGACUCCGCAAAGAGAGACCUGGCUUCGAGUCCAAAGUAUUCGUGAUCGCUGGAGAUGUUAUGGAACUUGGUUUGGGAAUUUCUGAAGAGGAUCGCGCAUUGAUCAUCAAUCGUGUCAAUAUUGUCUACCAUGUAGCAGCCAGCGUCAGAUUUGACGAUCCCCUGGAGUACGCUAUCCGCAUGAACCUCCGGGGUACUAAGGAGAUGGUGGAACUGGCUGCUGAGAUAAGGAAUUUAAAUGUCUUCAUCCACGUGUCGACCUCGUACUCCAACACCAACAGGGAGACCCUUGAAGAGAUCAUCUACCCUCCUCACGCAGACUGGAGGGAGACCCUGGAUAUCUGCGAGACUGUUGACCCUCAUACAUUGAAGGUUCUCACUCCGAAAUACCUAGGAGAGCUACCCAAUACAUAUACAUUUUCCAAACAGCUUGCUGAGAAUGUCGUAGCUGAGUAUAAAGGAAUUAUACCUGUGGUCAUCAUCAGACCUUCAAUUGUUAUUUCGAGCGUUGAUGAACCGGUGCCAGGAUGGGUAGAGAACUUCAAUGGACCUGUUGGAAUUUUGAUAGCAUGUGGAAAAGGUAUUCUGAGGACCAUGUACACAGACCCUGACCUGGUAGCAGAUUACAUGCCGGUGGAUAUCGCCAUCAAAAGUUUCAUUGUCGCUUCCUGGAUAAGAGGAACCAAGGAAGAGAACCUUGCUUUGGCACGAAUGUGUCAGUUCAACCGAAAUGAUAACACGGCCUCACAGAAAAUCGUCAUGAAACAUUUUAUUUCGCCAGGUGAUAUUCCAGCAUCUUCUUCCAGCCAUGUUAGUGGAUACUAUUCUAUGGUGUGCGGGAAAAAAACCAUUAAUAGGACAGGAAACAUGAAGGCGGAUUACCUGAUGGUCGGCAUACGAGCAGACGGAUUACCUGAUGGUAAGCAAUCAGCGCCGCCCAUGGACACUCGCAACGGAGGAGUUACGAGUGCGUUGCCGACCUUUUAG